CUUCUCGUCACAAACCCUCUCUCACUCUUCUACCUACAUUCAAUCGCAUCACUUGUACGCGACACCCGAGGCCUACUGUACCUAGACUUGGCCUGCGAUACCCCCCCCGCGGACUCACCGCUAGAGCUCCUCCUCAGCGACCAACACGUCCACUUGCGACGCACCUCUGCGCCCUUCCUCGCCUUCUCAGCUCCCGCCCUCGGAGGACAUGCCCUUGCGACUCACUCUUGAGAACUAGAGUCAGUCGUCGAGUGGUUAUCCUAGCCCCAGUGGCUCGCGGGCCGGCCACUGAAUGGAGUAUCAGGCCACUCACUCCCAAUCACCACCCAAACCGUCACUUGUGAAUGGCCUCGAGCUUCCCGAUCCUGGUUCAUCAAUGUCCACGCCGCGCCCGAAUGCGAGCCGGAGGCUGCUUGGAAUCGAGAUAGGCGCAGCUGCCGACCGCGAGGAUAACGAGCGCAAGCGCAAGGAUAGGAAGGCCAAUGACCGGAGGCUCAGCGGGCUUUCUUCUCCUUACACACCCGGACGCAACACUCUGAAUGGCGCACCAUCGAGCUCCGGCGGUCAACGGCAUGACCGGUCUACUCAUGGCCGUGAGCUUAACCCUGCGCAACAGAGGUCUGGAGGUUCACGUCAACACGUCCACUCAUCACCGACACGCGGAAAUUGGUCCCCAGACGAGGAAAUCGGUUGGAGGCCACCACAAGGGCGUGGUCAGCUUGGCCAGCCACCAGACCCUCCUCCGGCCAAGCGAGCGAAAGUUACUCAGCAAAAGCUCGACAACUCGUUCGGCCGCACGUCGUCUUCCCGCGAACGUGUGCGCGAUCUCCCAGAAGGGUCAGAGAUCCUGGAGGUUCCAUCUUCAGAAGACGAGGGCGCCGUGAAACGGAAUCCUGGCUUCCCAAGCGCACCAGGACCGAGCCGCAGUCAUACGGCGAGUCGAAGCGGUUCCCCUCAAAAGUCAAGCCCGACCAAGAAGCCGCCAGGCCCUCAUCGCCUGGCCUCCCUUACCCCGGACGCCGAAUCGGCCCCUUAUCCCGUCCUCGACGACGACGACGACUACGAGGAGGAGGAGGAGGAGAAGGAGGAGGAAAAGCUCGAGUCGAUCGAGCAGUUCUCGUCGUCUGCCGAGACUAUCCCUCCAAAGAUGAAACCCAGCGCCACGAGGCCCGUCCCGGGCGCAUCAAAGCUUCAUGUCACCAUAGAGAAGCGAAAAGCCCCUAUGAGGAAGAAAGAUGGCUCUGUUCAAGAGCCAGCGCCGUCCACGGUCGCCAAGCCGAAAAAGGCCGUGCCCAAAGCCUCGCAAGACCCAUUCUCUUACUUCUCUGCCAAAGCACAACGCUGCUUCAGUGGUGAUCGACCAAUACGAGACGUUUACAUUUCUCUCAAACGUGGAUAUAACUUCUUCUCUCUUUACGGAAAACCUGCUCCAGAAACACAGGAUGUCAAGGAGGAGAUACCCUUGAACGACAUCAAGGAAGUGCAUUGGUGCCUCGAUCCUCCGAUGAUGUGGGUGACUCUGGCUGCUGGAUCAGGUUCAUCGCAAUUUGAAUCAUUGGGUGGAGGUGAGCCGACACGAGGCAUGGUCCUGCAAGACAAUACCGACAGCCGGGACUUCCUUCAAAUGCUCACCAAGAUGUUGCCGGCCGACACAAAAGCGCACCGUCUCGCGUACGUGCUCCCUGUGUUCUCAGCUGAUGGCAGUCCAAGUCUACAGGAGAAUCUGGAUUACAUGUUCGAAAAGCUCGACGGCUUGGACCGCUCCGAUGGGCCCAGCCUGAGGAAUAGGCCCAAUGCCAGGGCUGGGCCGAGCGGGAAGAAUACUCCUAGCCAGAUGGCAUAUCGAGCCUCCGAAAUGCGGCGUCAGUCACUGCAGAAGGUGUUAAGUCGUCCGCCUGUCGACGCGAAUGGCCGCAAGCCCCGGAGCGGUUCUGAGGAAUACCAGGCGCCAAUGACCUCAGACAGGCGGAAAGGCAAAGGCCGAGCAGACGACCACACGCAAACCAAACUGGAUUUCCAUACCCCUGUCGCAACUCGACGAAGCACACGAGCGGCCCGCCGGCUGGAGCGUGUAGACGACCCAUCAGAUUCUGAUGAGCCUCUCGAGACCGACCCCCCUCCUCGUGCAAAGACUCCACGCAUCGACCGGAAUGAUGUCCUCUUCGGGUGGCCAUUGCAAGGCCGAAGCGACGUCCAAGUGACCAAGGGCGACAAGUACCGUCUCGUCGAAGGUGACUUCCUCAACGAUACCUUCCUCGACUUUGGGCUUAGGUACACCCUCCACGAGCAGGCGAUCACCCAAGGCACCCGUGACAAGGUCCACAUGUUCAACUCAUUCUUCUACGAUAAACUUUCAAAGAAGGACAAGGGAUUCAAGGCAACAGACGAAGAGUGGCCUGCAUAUGACUCUGUGAAGAAGUGGACCAAGACUGCAAACAUCUUUGAGAAGGACUUUAUCAUCGUGCCCAUCAACGAGUCAUUGCACUGGUUCCUCGCCGUCAUCUACAACCCUCGCGGGAUUCUGAAGAAGCGUGAGCCGCAACCAGAGUCUGAACCAGCGCGUCCAGCGACUACUCGUCCGGCUACGCGAAGAUCAGCAAAGCUCGGAGGGGACAAUCAGGCGAUCGCACGGCAAUCGUCAUCCAGGUCUUCGCACCAUCAGCCUCCUGAUUCACCGAAGCCGGCCGAUUCGGACGACCCGCUAAACGUCAUUGACCAAUCAUUCGGGGAGAACGCGGAUAUCGAAAAGGUGUCGAGUCAAGUCGACAAGAUGUCCAUCAGUCGCAAUCCGACGCCUGAGAUCCCUUCACCCAGGCCGAUCCAGUCAUUCGUGUUAGAGAUGUUCCACGAGCAGGACAAGUUGUUCCAAAAGCAGGACAAAUCGCCACGUCGAGGCUCAGAGGUAGAGCCAACUGCCUCGUCACCCCCCAAGGGGCCUGCAAAAAAGCCAAGGCGUGAAGACUUCGACAUUGUAGCGGAUGACAAAACCUACGUCAUCCUACUCGACUCGCUCGGCGGAACCCACAAGGCAGUUGGCAACAACCUUAAGCGUUGGCUUCAGUACGAAGCGCAUGACAAGCUACCAGCGACAGAGGUUCCCAGCCUGGACGAAAUGUCCGAGGCGGUGUACAUUGACGCCAAAGUCAUUGAGCAGCCCAACUCAUCCGAUUGCGGAGUAUUCCUCAUCCACUAUGUCAGCUGCCUCCUCGAGGAUCCACGAAGUGUGCUUCAGUUCAUCGGAAAGGGACCGCCACACCGAACAGAAGUGGAUGAGCCCUAUAACGCUGAGCUCGACGUGGUGUGGAAGCGCUCUGCCACGGAGCGACUUCGUGACACUUGGGCGGAAACUCUCGACAACCUCACGGCGACGUGGAACAGCUUGCAUGACAUCCCAGCGCCUGCACAAGGGAUGGAUGAGUCAACCACAUCGGUCACUGCUCUGGGGAGCUGUAUCGAACCAUGGCAAGCCGCAGCUCAUUCGCCUGCUCUGUCGGGCGAUGGCCUCCAGGGAGCGAGCCAAAGGCCAGCCAUUCUCUCGCCGUCACCACCUGCUAGCCCCUCGACAGCGUCUAGGCAACUCGCGACAUCCAAGCCUUCUGUGCCUUCCCACCUUUCCCCCGACAACCGCUCCAAGGUGUCACCAGUACCUAGUCCGACCGGAGGCAUCUCCAACGGCGAGACAGGCACCAGUGGUUCUUCCUCGCCGUUGUACAGGCCGGUGGACCUGGAGCCGCAGCAAGCCCCCACACCCCGCUCAAAACGCCCCGUCGUCGAAGUGGAACUACGUGCCCCUGGUGAUUUCCCUCGCCCCACGCACCCACUGUCGUCUUCGUCUACUCCUGGGCCGUCUAGCCGCAACACUGAAAGCCGGGGUGGAACUACACCAAUUCAUCAUGCCCUUGAGGUGGGUGCACUCCCGCGCAUGAUCGCGACAGCGGAGACUUCUCGUAAGAACCCGCGGGACUCGGCCGAGACGCGCGGGCGUAACACGCCUUCUGUCGCAGGCAGUGCGUCGGACAAGGAAAACGCCGAAGGCAAGGAGAACCAGCGCCAGCGCAAUGCCGUGUCUCCUGACAGCACCUUGGAUAGCUCCGCAGGCUCACCCCAGCCUCGGGACCGCAGGGAUGGGCCAAAGUCGCUGGGGACGCGCAUAGCCGCUGCUUCAAAGCUCCAACGAACGGAUCCGGCCCCAACGAGGAUGAACCAUUCAUCUGCAUCCUCCAAGCGGACGUCCGCAUCCACCAAGCCGUCGUCCGACGGGCCCCAGCCAAAGCGGCGAAAACCGACACAGGCACAGAAGAAUGACACGGGGAUGACUGCAGCUCGGGCGAUCAGCAUUGAUUCAGACUCGGGCGGCGAGCACUAGAGAAGAGGAGGGGGAGAGAGUUGGAGAGCAUUGGACAUCCAUUGUCAUAUGUAUGUAGCUGCAUUGUCGGCCCGCAUUGUAUAGCACGUAACAUGAAUAUAGCAUUGGCAGUUUU